CCAGGUGCCAAUGUACCACAGGUGGUACCCGUACCACUGGUUGAAAAGCCCUGGACUAGAAGAUCUCCAAGUUCCCUUCCAACUCUGUUAUUCUGUUAAGUUCUGAAGUCAAGCUAUAGAAUGGACCUCUUCUCUUAUCAAAGAUUCCGGCCAAUGGAAGCCAAGAAUGUUUCUUCUUUGCUCGCCAGUUUUUCCCCAUUGGGUGAUUUAAGACAAUGGGGAAGCGGGCUGCAAAUCAGGUGGCUUGGUUUGUUUUAGAAUGUCCUUGGGUACCGGUUAAAACGAUGCAGUUAUAAAGUAUGGAAAAGAAGCAACUGAAGAAGGAUGGAGUUUCAGAGAAAACCUCCGGUUGGUGCGGAGAAAAAAAUGACCAUGGAUUCAGCCGUUAGAUCAGCUGUUCUGAUCCAGCGGUGGUAUCGACGCUAUGUAGCCCGGCUCGAAAUGCGACGGAGAUGCACCUGGCGUAUCUUCCAAUCCAUAGAAUAUGCGGGAGAACACGAUCACAUGAAGGUAUGGUGGCAACAGCUCAGCCAUUUCUUUGACUAUCUCAUGGAGAACGUCGCAUCAAAAAACACGAAAGACAGGGAUUUCCUUAACCGCAUCCUGUCGGAGACAGAUAAUACGAAACGGAUCAAACUGGAAAAAGGAAUGGAAUCUAUGGAGGUACCAGUUAGUUACAGAGGCCCUCGACUCAGUUUCCCCCUGACACCGGACGAUGCGGUAAACAUCCUGGACGCCUUCAGAAACAAUCAACAGCUUCAUCCUUACUAUGUUUUAAAACUCUUCCAAGAGGCGGAACACCAUCUCAGCCAGCUGCCAAAUAUUAACAGAAUCUCUACCUGCUACAGUGAGGAGAUCACCGUGUGUGGAGACCUACAUGGGCAAAUAUUUGACUUGUUUCACAUAUUUUACAAGAACGGACUUCCUUCUCCGCAGAAGUUGUACGUCUUCAAUGGUGACUUUGUGGACAGAGGCAAGCAUUCCAUUGAGAUCCUGAUCAUUCUCUUUGUUUUCCUCUUGAUUUACCCCAAAGAGGUCCACCUGAAUCGAGGCAACCAUGAGGAUUACAUGAUCAAUUUCCGCUACGGGUUCACCAAGGAAGUCACACGCAAAUAUAAGGAUCAUGCCAACAGACUCCUGGCGGUGAUCAAGAACGUCUUCAGCAGCCUGCCAUUGGCAACUGUGAUUGACAGGAAGGUCCUGAUUGUACAUGGAGGCAUAUCUGAUAAGACCGAUUUGGAACAGCUAGCCAAAAUUGAGAGGUGUAAGAUUCUCUCUGUGCUAACACCAAAGAGAAGAAAAUCUUUAGAGUAUAUCCCAGCUGAAGGUGGCAAACUGGCCAGGAGUAGUUCCACAAUCAAAGUCUCCCAAGGGGGACAACAGACAGUCCAGGAAGCUGCGAGAUCCUCCCGCAUGUCCCCUGGAGUCCAGAAAAUCCCAGGACCCAGUUCAUCUGUGGACUCAGAGGACUCAAAUGAAUCCACAUGCUAUGAAGAUGAUGACAUUGAACAGGUUGUGGAUAUUCUAUGGAGUGACCCUGAUCCUAGACCUGGAUGCACAAUGAAUUUGGAAAGGGGCGGAGGCUGUUACUUUGGACCUGAUGUAACAGAUAUGUUUCUGCAGAAACACCGCCUGCAGUUCAUCAUCCGUUCUCACGAAUGCAAGCCAGAAGGUUAUGAAUUCAACCACAGUCGGAAGGUCAUCACCAUAUUUUCGGCUUCCAACUAUUAUGCAGUGGGCAGUAACCGGGGUGCUUACAUCAAACUGGGACCUGACCUCAUACCCCAUGUGGUUCAGUUUCAAGCCACCAAAGGAGUAUCCCGUCAAAUGAACAUAACUCAACGGAUCAGCCGAGUGGAGGAGUCAGCGUACCAAAUUUUAAAAGAGCAGCUGUUUGCCCACAGGUCAGAACUCACUGUAGCGUUCAAGAGCUACGAUAGGAAGAACACAGGCCUCAUCACCAUAAACGACUGGGCAAAAGCCAUCGAGUCGGUCCUCCAGCUGGGACUGCCAUGGAGGAUGCUGAGACCACAUCUGAUACUGCAACUGACCAAUGGAAAAGUGGACUACAGGACGUGGCUGAAAGACAUUGUGACGGAAGAGAGAUCUGCAACCCAAGAGCGCCUUCAGUCGAGUUUGCUGGAAAGCAUUUACCGAAACCUAUCCAAUCUGGAGACUAUCUUCAGCCUCAUUGACACUGAUUGUUCAGGAUGUAUUUCUCUCGAAGAGUUCCAACAAACGUGGAAGCUGUUCAGUUCCCAUAUGAAUAUUAAUAUCUCAGAUGAAAAUAUUCGCAACUUGGCCCGGAGCAUUGAUUUCAACAAGGAUGGGAGAAUCGACUUCAACGAAUUCCUUGAGGCAUUCCGCCUUGUCAGACAGCCAGCUUCCUAAUGAAAAGCCAAAGCUGCCGUUGAGCUGGACGGGUGGGUGGAACCCACUGUGCUUCUGUAUUCAUCCUUAACUCCAAAAUGUGCCUCUGAACCAACUCCAAAGGGCGAAUUAUUUACUGCUACAAAUGGAGCCGUUUUUACUUUUCUUGAAUUCAAAAGAAAAAAAAAAUCUGACAAUCUUCCCUCUCAGUAACUUUCAAGCAUUGAAACUUUUCUUUUUCUUUUUUUAGCGCUUGAGAAAACGCAAACACUUGUGAUAAAAAGCUGCAUUGCUUUUAAUAUCUUACUCCAUUUUAAAGCAUAAUACGAAUAAAGUUUUAUCAGCUGUAUCCAAUGACUGGAUGUUUCCUUUUCGUUAGCUUCAACGUGGGUCUAAUACAAAAAAUGUCUUAUGUUAUCGUUGCCAAGUUUGGCUGAUUAAUACAUUAGCAAAAAAAAAAGGUUCAACAUUAACUCUUGCACAAUCAUAUCUAAUCCUAAAUCAAAAAGUAUCUUUGUUUCAAGACUAUUUCAUUUACAUGUUGAUUUGUCAGACAGUUCCAGAUUUUUUCAAAACCACUGUAGUUAUUUAAUUUUUCAAGAAAAAUUAAACAGAAGAAACUGGGUUCUAACCAGAAUUGCUAAUCUAAAUUUCAAAAAUACAGUUUUUUAUUCCAGUCUUAAGUAUAGGUUCCAAUCUUCAAUAUUAACUUAGUCUUCUUUCUCUUUAAUCCCCUUUUAGGUCUUAUAUUUUUAAAAGGGUAUUAAAUUAGAUAAGGAGACCAAUUAAUCUCUCAUUAUCCAUCCACAGUCUUCCAAUAGGCAAAAAUAUUGUCUACUGCUGUUGACCAAAAUCCUUUUGACAAAUCAGUAACAAUCAGGAAAUUUUCUACAAACGUGCUGAUAAUGAUACUGGGUUGAUUUUGCUCUAUUUGCAAGAACGAACACGGGGGAAAAAAAUAGCAUGGGAAUUCAUUUGCCUGCGGCUGUACAAGUACAGGGUUCUUAUUAACUGCCUUAAAACUGCAUUUCCUGAUCAAUCUUCACAUUCUUAGCAACUACAACUGCAAAACCUGAGAACAGUUACCAUCCACAUCAGGGGUCUUCAAACGGGG